AUGGAGACCCCUUCUUCAGAACACACCCAUACCAAUGUUACCAGCCGGACAGCGUCGAUAGGGUCCGGCCCUGGGGAGACCGGUUACCUUGACCUCCCCAUCCGUGAGUUGAAUGAUGGUGCCGAUCUUCGCGAGUAUACCACCGAGACACAGAGGGGCGAAAUUAUCAAGCCAUACAAAUCAAAUGUCACUGGUCAGAUGGAGGACUGGAAGCUGGUUACCUUCACUAUCGACGACCCCGAGAACCCAAAGAACUGGUCCAAGGCGUACAAAUGGUACUGUACGAUGGUCGUCGCCUUCACCUGCUUCGUUGUCGCAUUUGCCAGUAGCGUUAUCACAGCAGACCUGGAAGGGCCCAUGAAAAGCUUUGGUGUCGCCCGUGAAGUCAGCCUUCUAGUUGUGACCGUUUUUGUCAUUGGAUUUGGUGUUGGACCUAUGGUCUUUGCUCCGUUAUCCGAAAUGGUUGGACGGCGUCCCGUAUACGCAGCUACACUACUUGUUGCCGUUAUAUUUAUCAUACCCUGUGCCGUCUCCAAGAACAUUGGAACUCUGAUCGUCUGCCGCUUGAUCGAUGGCAUUGCAUUUAGUGCACCGAUGACCCUGGUCGGAGGUACUCUGGCAGAUCUGUGGAGGAGCGAAGAACGUGGUGUCCCGAUGGCCGCUUUCAGUGCCGCUCCUUUCAUUGGCCCUGCUAUUGGCCCUCUCGCCGGUGGCUUCCUUGGAGACAACUGCGGCUGGCGAUGGCUCUAUUGGCUGCAGCUGAUCCUUGCCUUCGUUGCCUGGGUUCUGCUUACCUUUACCGUCCCUGAGACCUAUGCACCAAUAUUGCUGAAGAGGCGGGCUGCUAAGCUUCGCAAGAAGGAGAAUGACCCCAAAUACACCACCGAUACCGAGCUUGAUCCUCGCCCUCUGGGCCAGAAGCUGCGCAUCUUCCUCUUCCGGCCCUUCCAGCUUCUGUUUCUUGAACCGAUUGUCUUCUUCAUUUCCAUCUACAUGUCAGUCCUGUACGGCUUGCUUUACAUGUUCUUUGUUGCAUAUCCCAUCGUUUACCAGGGUGGCAAGGGCUGGAGCGCCUCGAUGACUGGUCUUAUGUUCAUUCCUCUCGCUAUCGGCGUGCUCAUGAGCGCUAGCUGUGCUCCCAUCGUCAACAAAAACUACCUCAAAAUCUCCGCGCAAUGCGGUGGAAAGCCCCCGGCUGAGAAGCGUCUGAUCCCCAUGAUGUAUUCUUGCUGGCUCGUUCCCAUCGGUCUUUUUAUUUUCGCUUGGACCUCGUACCCUACCAUUCACUGGUUCGGACCUGCAAUUGGCGGAUGGCCCGUUGGAUUUGGAUUUAUCUUCCUGUACAACUCGGCUAACAACUAUCUGGUCGAUACUUAUCAGCACCAAGCCGCUUCAGCCCUGGCAGCCAAGACCUUCCUCCGAUCUAUGUGGGGUGCAUCUACCGUUCUAUUCACUGAACAGAUGUACGACCGUCUCGGUUUCCAGUGGGCUAGCUCUCUUCUUGCCUUCAUUGCCUUGGCAUGCUGCGCCAUUCCUUACGUAUUCUACUACAAGGGUGAGUCGAUUCGUCGCUUCUCCAAGUAUGCCUUCAGCGACGAUGAAGAGCACGGUGUCAAAACUUGA